UCUAACUCGGCUGAGUCGGUGGCCAUGGGGCUCCUCAGGCAGUUUGAGGGCAUGCAGCUCCCCGCAGCCUCGGAGCUCGACUGGCUGGUCCCAGAGCAAGACGCACCACAGAAGGUACACACACACACACACACACACACACACACACACACACCCCUACACUCACACAAACUGACCUGUAUCCUGCCUCUACCCCUCAGCUCCUGCCCAUCCCUGACUCCCUGCCCAUCUCUCCUGACGACGGGGAGCAUGCUGACAUCUACAAGCUGAGGAUCCGGGUGCGAGGGAACCUGGAGUGGGCCCCGCCGCGACCCCAGAUCAUCUUCAACAUCCACCCCGCGCCCAAGUGAGUCCUUAACACACACACACACACACACACAAACACACGGGUCACAAACUUAGUUGCUGACUUCACACUAUUCUCUGUUUGCCUCUACCCCUUUUUGUCUCUCCCUCUCUCUCUCUCUCUCCCCCCCUCUCUCUCUCUCGCUGUCUCUCCAUCUCUCUCUCGCUGGCUCUCUAUCUCUCUCUCUCUCUCUCUCUCCCUCUCCCUCUCACUGUCUCUCCCUCUCUCUCUCUCUCUCUCUCUGUCUCUCCCUCUCUCUCUCUGUGUCUCUCUCCCUCUGUCUGUCUGUCUCUUUGUCUCGCGUUCUGUCUAUUUUUAUUUUUCUGUCUCACUAACCCUCCCCCCUCCCCUUUACUCUCUAUCAGGAGGAAGAUAGUUGUGGCUAAGCAAAACUACCGCUGUGCAGGCUGCGGGACUCGCAUAGACCCAGGUACAAACCAUAUUGAAGACACACGCUGCCAAAGCACGACCACCCAUGUUAUCCCUAUCCUACGGCGGCCAUUUUGUGUCAAACCUCACCCCCUGCCUCACUCACAUUAAAACCCACUCUGUUUCCCCUCCUCCCCUCCACUGGACAGACUACAUCAAGCGACUGCGCUACUGCGAGUACCUGGGCCGCUACUUCUGCCAGUGUUGUCACGAGAACGCCCAGGCGGUGGUGCCGGGCCGCGUGCUGAGGAAGUGGGACUUCAGCAAGUACUACGUCAGCAACUUUGCCCGGGACCUGCUGGGCAAGAUAUCAGGAGACCCCCUGUUCAACCCCAACGACGUCAACAGUAGCCUCUACAAGAAGAACAAAGUGCUGGAGACUGUCCGGGUGAGAGGACUGAACUUUGUUAUGCUUUAGCCUGGUUAGUCUAGUUUAAUGCUUAUCUGAUCUUAUCUUAGGUUUGGUUUGGUUAGUUAUUUUACUUGACUUUAGUUCAUUUUACUGUAACCCACUCGUACUAGAAGGAAAAUGCGUUACAGUUAUGAGUUUGAAAUGUGUUCUGUAAACUAAGUGAAUUUUCCUACUAUUCUUCAGGUUUUGAGGGUCCAACUAUUCCACAUGAAAAAUCUCUUCAAGACCUGCCGCCUAGCUAGAGAGUAAGUUGUGUGUGUGUGUGUGUGUGUGCGCGUGCGUCCUCCUGCAAUGACUGGUAUUGUUGGUAUGAGACAGUCCAUUCCAUUGACAUGUCUUCUAAAAUAGUAUUCCUCUGCUACUGCUAUGUGUCUGCACUGUCAGGUAAAGUAUUCCAGUUAUGGAUGGUGUGAAUUCCCCUGACGCGUGUCCCUGUGUUUCGCCCCACAGCGUGCUGGACCAGUUCGACAGCCUCCCUUGUCACCUGACUGAGGACCUGCACCUGUUCUCCCUCAGCGACCUCAGCGCUGUGCGCAACGGAGAGCUGGCCCCACGGCUACGGGAGCUGCUGAAAUUGGGUUCCGCGCACGUGACCGGCUGUGUGGUGAGAAUGCAUUGACUUAUCAUGAACUAGAUACUCCUGUUGUCACUAUUGUUAACGCUCAUAUCCUGUAAUAGAGACAUUCAUUUUGAUAUGGGUGUGUACAUUCUAUCCAUAUGAGUUGCAUGAUAGGUCGUCACCAAUCCAGUGUGAUUGUGAACUAACAUUCUGACGUUGUCGUUCUAUAAGAUGGCAGGUACUGUAUGUGUCAAAUGACUAUUUGUGCCGUGUGUGCCAGUGGACUUGAGGGUGUCCUAACGUGACAUUUUAAAAGUAAAAAAUUGUUUUAUUCUCAGUGUAUGCCUUCAAUUUCCCCUCUUGCUGUCUUUGUCUCCCACAGCUGUGUCAGGCCAAGGGCUUCGUGUGUGAGUUCUGCGGCAACGACAAAGACAUCAUCUUCCCCUUCGAGCUGAACAAGUGCACGUGCUGCGAAGGUGAGCCCCCCCUGCUGGUGGGAGGACUGGGUGUCCCGCGGGCCCCCCCUCUCCCUUCCUGACCCCCUCCUGGAGAAAUUGGAAGUUCCGCAGGCUGGCCAGGGCCCUGUCCCAAGACAGGAGAGAGGGAGAGGGAGGAGAGGAAGAGGAAGAGGAAGAGAGUGAGGCAAGGGAAGAUAAGGACAAAUGGACUGGAGAGGGAGAGAAGGAGAGAAGGAGAACAGAAUGGGAGACGAGGUUGUUAUUCACAGCGUUCAGACAUGGAACUCUGGCCAAGGCCUUUUGGAGUAAAGGAAGGGUAGAAGAUGGGGAGCUAGAGGGAGGGAGAGAAGGAGAGAGGGAAGGAGUAGAGGUGGAAGGAAACUAUGAAACUGUGGAGGACAAAGAAAGGGAGGUGAGGGAAGACUGUGAGGGAAGUGCAGAAGAACACGUGAAGAAAGAGAAGGGCCACUUAUUUAAGGACCUCGGUGUCAGCAAACUAACCAACACUUUCUCCAAGGACAAUGGAUCCGGUGAAAGAGAGAAAGAAAAACAGGGGGAUGAGGAAGGGACAGAGAAGGAAGAGAGGAGAGGACUCUGGAUGGUUCCAGGGGUCGGGAGGCUAGCGAAGGCUUUCUCAAAAGGGAAAGUAGAGGCGGAAGAGAAAAAAGAGGCAGAGGAAUUAGAAAAGUGUGAAAGUAAAGGGAAAUUCUUUCAAAAAGAUUCUUGGGAAAAAGGAGAAAGUGAAGUAGAGGAGAGUAACAGUAGGGUAGUAGUGGGAGGAGAGGAUGGAGGGAUCACGGUGAAAGGGGAGAGGUUUUUGGGGCUUAGGUUGCGCAACAUUUUCUCCAGAGACACCAGAAAGAAAGAGGGGAGGAAGAUGAGUGAAGAAACCGAUAGAAUGGAAAGAGAGGGAAAGGAAAGAGAGGGAAAGGAAAGAGAGGGAAAGGAAAGAGAGGGAAUGGAAAGAGAGAGAAUGGAAAGAGAGGGAAAGGAAAGAGAGGGAAAGGAAAGAGAGGGAAAGGAAAGAGAGGGAAAGGAAAGAGAGGGAAAGGAAAGAGAGGGAAAGGAAAGAGAGGGAAAGGAAAGAGAGGGAAAGGAAAGAGAGGGAAUGGAAGAGCAGGAGACUGAGACCCCAUCUAACUGGAGAUCCCGCAAAACACGCAAAGCCAGGAGGAUGACAAUAGGUAGGAGGGAGAGGGAGGAGAAGCAGGAGGAGAGGGGGAGGAGACAAGAGGAGGAGGAGAGAAGUAAAGGGGGAGGAGACAAGAGGAGGAGGAGAGAAGUAAAGUGGGAGGAGACAAGAGGAGGAGGAGAGAAGUAAAGUGGGAGGAGAGGGUGGUGGAGACAGGAGGAGGAGGAGGAGAGAAGUAGAGGGGGGUGGAGACAGAGGAGGAGGAGAGAAGUAAAGGGGGAGGAACAGAGCAAUAGAUGGAGGGCGGUGACCAAGGCUCUCUAGCCAAGCCUAACAUAACAGAGGAGGAAGAGAAGACAGAUAGAGGAAGGGUAGAAACAGGAGGAUGGAGGGAGGAGAGGAGGGAAAGCAGCUUUUCAUUGACUUCCAAACAGAAAUAAAUUCCCUCUCUGAGUAUUGGGAAGGAUGUAGAGAAUAGUAGGGAAUACCAAGAGAAGGUUUGGUUACAAUCAAUCCCAGAUCAGUUGCUGUCCCAAUCAACCCCUAUGGCCUACUGGUCAAUUUGGAAUUAGGAAAAUAUCAUCCAAUUCCAAAAGACAUGAUUUAGAGAUGCAGAAUGUAUAGCAUUCUCAUUGCCAUUGACUUGUACUAGUUGUCAUAAAGAGUUAUUAAGAGACUUAAUGAAGACAGGUGGGCCGAGGUGAAUUGGUAUGGAAAUAUGCAACCUAGGAUAUUGUUUACAUGGGUAUCAAUUCACAUUGGCAGUCACAGCCUAGAAUUUCAACUCCCUCGUUAAUUUCAUUGUUGAUCACUUCUUGCGUGGAAUUCUUUGCGCUCCUGUGUGUGUGGUGGAUUGAGCUUUCCUCACUGUGGUGGUGGUGGUUGAACUGGUUUCCCUCACUAUGGUGGUGGUGGUUGAACUGGUUUCCCUCACUAUGGUGGUGGUGGUUGAACUGGUUUCCCUCACUAUGGUGGUGGUUGGUUGAACUGGUUUCCCUCACUAUGGUGGUGGUGGUUGAACUGGUUUCCCUCACUAUGGUGGUGGUGGUUGAACUGGUUUCCCUCACUAUGGUUGGUGGUUGUUGAACUGGUUCCCUCACUAUGGUGGUGGUUGAACUGGUUUCCCUUACAUGGGGUGUGAAUGUUCCUCACUAUGGUGGUGGUGGUGAAUGGUUCCCUCACUAUGGUGGUGGUGGUUGAACUGGUUUCCUCACUGUGGUGGUGGUGGUUGAACUGGUUUCCCUCACUAUGGUGUGGUGGUUGAACUGGUUUCCCUCACUAUGGUGGUGGUUGAACUGGUUUCCCUCACUAUGGUGGUGGUGGUUGAACUGGUUUCCCUCACUAUGGUGGUGGUUGAACUGGUUUCCCUCACUAUGGUGGUGGUUUGAACUGGUUUCCCUCACUAUGGUGGUGGUGGUUGAACUGGUUUCCAUCACUAUGGUGGUGGUGGUUGAACUGGUUUCCCUCACUAUGGUGGUGGUUGAACUGGUUUCCCUCACUAUGGUGGUGGUGGUUGAACUGGUUUCCCUCACUAUGGUGGUGGUGGUGGUUGAACUGGUUUCCCUCACUAUGGUGGUGGUGGUGGUUGAACUGGUUUCCCUCACUAUGGUGGUGGUUGAACUGGUUUUCUGGUGCAAGGUGGUGGUUGAACUGGUUUUCUGGUGCAGGGUGGUGGUUGAACUGGUUUGCUUGUGCAGGGUGGUGGUUGAACUGGUUUUCUGGUGCAGGGUGGCACUACUGGUGUAAGGUAGUUAGUUGUAGUAUGAUCUGACAUCUUUGGUUGUGGCUGCCACAGUUGUUUGAUCUUGUUGUCUGGCCUCUCCAUGGUGCCUCACUGACCUCUGGCCUCUACUCAGUAUGGCUGUCAAAGGUCAAAAGGUCCUACUGGCCUCACCUUUUGAUGUAAGGAAUGUAAAUGUUAGAGGUAAUGCCAAAUAACAUUGUUUUUAACCGAGGUAUAGGCUACAGUGUUUGUCAGCUGUGUUCAUGAAUUUAAAAUGUGACAUGGCAUAAUUUGCCAAAGAGUUGCUAUUGCUGUCUGCAUCCCCUGUCAGAAUUGUAAAGUUAUUUAGUAUUUGAAAGUGGUUCUUAGUGUUUUAUUUAAGUACAGAGACAGGUUUAUAUUGUGAAGCUUGAGGAAUGAAGAUAUGGGCCUAUUUCAUGUGUACGUAAUGGAGGACGAUGAAUUGGAGUGACAGAAAGGGUUUUUAUUAUUAUGAUGUGUGACUGGCUGUCCACCAUUAUUAUUUAAGCAUCAACUUCUCUGUUUGAAUGUAAAAUAAACACAUUUGUGAAUUUCAGUUUCUUUGUCAUUUCAUUAUCGUGGGAAAAAUAUAUUCAUUAGAAAAUAUUGUUUAAAAAAAGUAUACAAUUGACGCUUCCACACAGAUGUUUCUUGAACUGGUUCAGGCACACAAGUCUGAGCUUUAGAAGCAGUGUCUCUGCCUCUAUUGAGGAUAGGCUUCUCAUUGCGGUCAUGUCUGAACUGGUUUGAAUAGGGAACUGACUCUUUGACAGGUUUCUGUGUUUUACCACUCCUCUCUCCCACCUUCUGCCUUGCCACCAGCCUUACCUCUUUUUUUAUAGUCCUCUGUCACCCCUCCCCCUCACUUCAGAGACUAUCAUUGGUUCUUCUGCCGUGACAUCACAGCGCCUCAGCCCUCUUCCCAUUGUGAGAAAUGUUGUCAAACCGGUUAUUACCGUUGCCGAACGCGCCCCCAUGUUUGCUUAGUUGGUUAGCAGGGGAGUUAUGAGAUGGAACACCUCUUUUGAGUGAAUAAGGACGUUGUCCAUAUAUGUCCUUGCAUUCUUCCUCUGCACAUCCACAAGACAAUGUCUUUUUUAAAUGGACCCCACCCAUGUGGAUACGAGUUGUGUGUGUUUGUCUGUGUCUCUUACAUAUUGUUUCAGUAUGGUAGCUUUUGCACUGACCUCUUUCUUUUGUGUUGUCUUGUCUUUCAGAGUGCAAGGCGUGUUUCCACAGCAAAUGUUUCCGGGCAGGCAAGGAGUGCCCGCGGUGCCAGCGCCUGGCAGAGAGGCGGGAGAGGAUGGCACGCAAGAACAUGGAGGAGCAGGAGGAUAAGGAGGAGGACGAGGGAGGAGGGAGCUAG